CGUAGAAACGAGCGGUUGAUCGGCAAUAAUAACCGAUACGAGGUGAUCGGUAGUUAAUGCCGAUAGGUCGUAGUGCGUGUUAGUGAACUGUGGAAUUGUGCUUCAGCAUCGACUCCGUCGCAGAAGCGACACCGGAAUAAGUCUUCCGAAAGCUGAACUGAGCGAAGUUCCUAUUAAUCAAAUUACCAAAACAAACAAGGACCUUAAGUGCGUUUUUAUAUGGUGACAACGAUACGAAGUUUUAACGUGUGGCUUAACGUUGGUCUCUUAACAGCAUCAUUAUAACUUUUUUUCAAGCACGUUUCGCUAGCAUUGGUUUGCCUGUAUGGUGUUUAAGCUGCUCAAUAAUUGCCUUUGAAGGGGAGGACCGGGAGGCGCUCGGAGAGAACGACGUGUUCGACUACGAAACAAACAGAAUCCCCAUUGAAACUCGACAUUGCGCUCGAUAAAGUUCGGUGAAAAUGCGCCAGUCCACGGGGCGACUGAUAGAAAAAAUGGAAGAAGCAACGUUACCAUACGAGGAGUACCUCAACAAGAUAUUGAUUCAUCACAAGGAAUUAACUCGAACUGGAGCACCCAAUAUAAUCUGCUCCCAGCUGCCGGCACAUUGGCGGAGUAACAAAUCAUUGCCGUCAGCAUUUCGUAUACUGUCACUCAGUGGAGACGUACCUGAUAAUACGCAGGUCUCGAUAACGGCAGGCAAUGACGAAAACUGUUGUCCAGAGUUACGAAACGCCAUAGCCACGAUGAAGGGCUCGGUAGCAAAGUUCAAUGAUCUUCGUUUCGUCGGCCGCAGCGGAAGAGGAAAGAGCUUUACGCUAACGAUAGUGAUCCACACGAGUCCGCCACAGAUUGCCACGUACAAUAAAGCGAUUAAGGUUACUGUAGACGGGCCCCGCGAACCUAGAAGACAAGCACCGUUUCGGUUUGGGCCUUACCCAUCGACCGGUACACGAACAUCCUUCUUUGAUCCGCUCAUGCCUCGUCAAUGGAGUCACUUCCGAAAUAAGACGACUCGCUUGCGACCUGUGUCAGGAACACCGGCCGUUGCGCCCCCUGACACCUGGCCACUGCCAGACCUCUCGUCCCGACUUAGCAAUCCGGAGGUGACUAGCCCAUGGACAAACCCACCAGGUUAUACCUACCCGAGUUACUUUAACUCGGCACCACCCGCUGCCCUACCACCAGCCAACCAGACGAUGUUCGGUUCCUGGGACGCUGGACUAUCCGGAGGAAUCUCUAAUACUGUCUCAGAGGGACCCAUUAAUUCGAACACUCCUCAGCCUGUAGGUGUCCAACAGACGUCGAUGCCGUUAAUGUCGUCGCCGCCAGUAGAUUCGACAACCUCAUCACCUCUGUCAUCAUCGCGUUCUUCUCCAUCUUCAUUGGCCAUAGCGCCAUCUAUCGACCCCACAUUGCCCGGCCUCUUUCCGUCGCCCUCUGAAGUGGACAACGUUUUAAACUUCACUCCAACUGGUUCAAGUUUGCCCGUCUCACUACCUGUCACAUUACCGUCACUGAUUCCACAACACUCACAGCUGCCACCAUUGGCUACAUCGGUGCCUGAAUUUGUAGGUUCGAGCAGCAUCAAUUCUGGGGUGAACCCUGCCCCCACUGACAAAUUGCCGUCUUUGAACGGUCACAGUAUGCUACCUCAGAGUGGCGCCUACUUCGCGUACAACCAGUUAAUGCAGCAGCAGCAGCAGCAGCAACAACAACAACAACAACAGCAGCAGCAGCAGCAGCAGCAACAACAACAACAAACCAACAUUACGUCGAGUACAAACCCAACGGCGCUUGGUGCCGUCGGCGGAUAUCCUCUAGCAAGCAGCAGCAGCAGUGGAAGUAGCGGCGGAUGUAGCAAUGCCAUAGUUGGGAACACAAAUACCUAUUCAACCCUAUACGCAGCAUCAUACACCCAGCCGAGCGAAGCCUUGCAGGAAGAUAGCCAAGAGUCAGAAGGCCCUUUGCUGGGCAACACUCGCUUGACUGACCACUCUGGUCGAACCCUGGUCGACGCACAUAACAAUAAUAACAAUGACAUACUCAGCUCAAGUCUUUUGCUAGACGAUCCCAGCAGGCAAAGUCAUGCGACGAACGUUGUUGUCAGUUCACAGGAGGUUUGGCGGCCGUACUGGGGAGCGGAAACCCCAGGCAAAUAAGUAUUUUACUAUGAACGUAUCUACGUCGAUUUGUACGUUUAGCGGAUUUCUGGACUCAAGACAAAGACCAAUGUGGCAGUCCGAACUAUCAAUGGAAACAAUGACGUGCGUCAUGCUUGUUAUAAGCGAAUCCUCUUCUAAAGCAGAGGAAGCACUUAUAUUAUGAAGUGGAUAUCGGUGCAAUAGAAGGGUCAAAUCGAGUAUCACGAAGCUCAAACCAAAGCCUUAGGAGCAAAUGGGACGGCUCAGCCAGUCGACGUUGAGACUGAAGAAGCAUGUCAGUAGUUAUUAAUCCAGUUCUUCCAUUCUGUACAUUGUAUAUUGCAUACGAAUCAAUUGUUUGCAGUGCAAAACAUGA